GCACUCACCACGACAUUCACGUCAGACCUCGCCCUCGAGGAACGCCCCAACUUUUUCUAACAUGGCUAUCCAAGACUAUGACAACGGUCUGCGCAAACUAUCCCGGCAUGAUCUUCAACAAUUGGCAAAACUGCAUAAAGUUAAAGCAAACCUCAAGAGCGAGGCAAUAAUUCGGCAGCUCAUUCAAAAGGGAGUGAAGAUCGGGAACGCGGAUCCCCAAGGCCUGGUACUCCAACAUCUGCCAGCUGAGCCAACCAGCGGCUCGAUGUACCCUGGUUCGCCUCCGCCUGACAUGGAGCAGACAGCCAGCAUCCCAAACAGGCCAGUCUCGGCUACACAGUUCUUGAGCGAUAUAAACAUGGAGGUCCAAAAGAGACUCAGCUAUGUCAGUCCAGAGCCUUCUUCACCGGUCGCUGGCCUCCCGCCAUCUCUGCAGCCGCAUUGGGGAGAUAGUGUUUCCAAUCGAUAUGAACCCACGAACGUCCAGAAACUAGACGAUUCAAUGGAAUUGGAAGAUUAUGAAGACGUAAUGACUGACUAUAACACUCAGAAUUCUAUCGGUCCGCCGGCUCAUCACCGUCCACAGUCCGCUGCUUACGACGCCCAAUGCUUCGCCCCUCCAUCGAUACAAGUUGGCCGACAGCUUGAACCCCCGACCCAGUCUGCCGCUGAGGCUUCGCGACCCCGGUACACACCCAACGGCAAGCACGUUUACACGGACGACCCUAAGCAGCCGAUACGACCCAGAGUUUUCUAUCAAAAGCACGACCAAAACCGACCUUCUGCGUGUCACACUCAGCGGCCUCCCACUCGGAAGACCGCGCGUCGAUAUCUCCGGGAAUGCCUGUCGUACAUCAGCGAGCAGGAGGAGCUUCACGGUCAGCUGCAGGACAUACAGGACAUACAGGCAGUGGCCAAGCAAAAACUCAGCGCUUCUGAACGACGGUUGGCGAGGAUCCAGAAGGCGCGUGUUGCCAUCGAGAAGCACUGGAUGCGGAUGCUCAAGGCCGACCCUCGGCUGCACGACGGCUCCUGGUCUUGGACGCGUCCCGAGACGGCCGAGCAAGAAGCCGCGCCCCCGCCCCCAGGACCGCCGGAAUGGAGGGCGGAUGAUUAUAGCACCGACCUCGACAGUCCUGACGAUGACUUUGAGAUAGCGGAGGAGGUGGAGGGUCGUCGCGAGAAGAAGUACAAGGGUCUAAGGCGCUCGAAGACCCAGGCCGCACACUUCGAAGAUGCUGUAGCACGCUUCGAGGCAUGGACAUCUCUGAUAUAA